CUGUUAUAUUCGCUGUUGACCGGUCUCGCUGGUUGGGGCUUAUCGGAUGCCGUCAACAAUGGUGAUGCGUCACACUAUAACAGCUGCGAACUUGAAGCACAAGGCAAAAUUCGAGCAGAUGAUCGUAAAAUCAAGUUCGAAGGCGGACAUGCUACAGUUAUCAUCGAGGAUUCUACAUCCUAUCAUUGUUCUUUUGGACUGUAUACAGAGGAACUUAAAUUCUCCUAUACGUGGAGGAAAUUUACGUUGAUAAUUGACUUGGUACUUUAUGUUACGCUUAUUAUUGCCAGUAUUCUUCUGCUUAUUGGUAUUGCAACAUACUUUGAAUGGUUGCUACUUCCAUGGAUCUUUUUGAUGGCAUUUGAUAUUAUCAGAGGAAUCAUAUCUGUUAUAUUUAUAUUCAUUGUUGCACAUUGGAAUUUGGCUCGAAUUGCAACAGGGAUUUUCUUCCUUGGAUUACAGUUCUUCCAUAUAUCUAUAUUGAUGAUUAUUAUUGCCAAAUUUCAACGGAUUCAUAACCAUAAUAUGGGAAAUGUGAUUGACGAAAAAGAGUUGCAGUACGAUGCACGAACUCGAGGCUACCCGACGUUGCCAUCAAAUUACGCCUAUUCACCGCCGUUAAGACGAGAUAUGAAUUAUCUGGAUGUAAGGGAUCCACGGUCAUAUGAUGCAGCAACCAUCUACAGACCUCAACAAUCAGUAAUUCAACCUCAUUACUAUCGCUAA